AUGGCGCCGGCGGCAGUAACCGCCGACUCAGAUCCUCCAAGCCCCACAGCGUCAGACACAUCACAGGUGUCGAUGGAAGCAGAUAUUAAAGGCAUAUUACGAAAUUUGCCCUCCAGAGCUGACCUAGCUCAGAUGCUGGGAAAGUUAGAAACUACCUUCCAACAGAAGAUGGAAAGCCUCAAUUCAGAAAUAACUCAGGUAGGCCGCAGAGUUCAGGACCUGGAGGAUGAAAGGGGGUCUCACCACACAUUAAUGCAUUCCCUAUCAGCUAAAGUCCAAGCCCAAGAAAGGCAUUUAUCUAUGAUGCAACGCUCUCUAGACGAUAUCGACAAUAGGGGCAGGAGAAAUAAUUUACCAGAAGCAGAAGGGGAAAACCUAUAUAACAUCCUGGCCUCGCUUUUCAAUCUUAUACUUAAGCGCAAGCCAGAAUCACCGGUCAUCCUGGACAGAGCACACCGUUCCCUUCGCCCCAAAGCAGCGGUCGGCGAUGCCCCAAGAGAUAUUAUCUGCCGCAUCCACUACUACGCUCUUAAGGCAGAUAUUUUGAAACACCUCAGGGACACCUCAGGCCCCUUGUUAUAUCAGGGACACGAAAUACAGAUCUAUCAAGAUUUAUCUUGGCACACGCUGCAAGCAAGACGAGCCCUACGGCCAAUCACCGAUCAGCUACGUUCGCGCAACAUACGAUACAGAUGGGGUUUCCCUUUUGCCCUCAUCGUAAACACCCGCGGAACCACAUAUACGAUCUCUACACACCAGGACAUCGUGCCAUUCACCGAAGCAUUAAACCUAGCAGAAACAUCCAUCCUGGAUUGGUAUGCUCCUGAUCCGGCGUUAACAGCACCACCUCAACAGAAGAGACCACGAUGGAGAUCCCCGGCUAAGAGACAACGGCAGACCCAGGCUGGACUUUCCCAACACUUAGAAGAAGGAGGGCAGACCACAGCUGCUGGACGCUAA